AUGCAACAUUCUCUCGAUCUCUCUCAUUAUUGGUCUUUGAACGUUGCCGCGUUGAUCUGCUGGGCAUUUGGCCACCGUGUCAGCGGAGUUAGAGGUCCCUCCUUCCGAAACGUUACAGACCCAUACACAGCUCUAGACUCGCACACUUAUCCCGAGGCGGCUCGGGAGAACGUACAACUCAAAGCUCUUACAUAUCUCAACUGUAUGCUAGAGCUAGAUAUCAAGGAUCUCUUGACUAGCAGGUCGAUCGUGCGCGCAGAGACUUCCUUUAUUAUUGAUGCGGUGCGCACGCGGCUAGAGGUCGAUAGUGUUGGAGGCCAAUGCAUGACUCUCGUUGAUUCUAUUUGUGUUCUAAAGCGCCUUAGAGAGAGCGGAAGAGGGAAGUGGUUCUGA